CAUUAUUGUUAUAAAAUAUAUAUUCACUUGCGUGUUUCAGUUUGUUAGCUAGGGGCCUAGGAUUAUGUUCUAUUAUUAGCUAGGGGUUCGAUUAUUUUCAUCUGUAUGUGUACAUUUCAUAUUUCGUUAGAAUUACGAAAGAAGAAUAGCAAAACAAUUAUCUCUAAAGCUAUCGACCAUUCGGUCCCCCGUCUAUCCUCCCCCUAAGGUCAUGGGCCAUUCUAUCCCUACUAUGCUCAAUCUUCUCCUCUAAAUCUCCAAUCCCCAAUUAUGUCCAUCCCGCCACAAUUUUUGCUUCUCCUUCUCAAAUCUCUAAUUCGAUCUAUCUACCCAGUUCCUCAACCCCUUCUAUUAACUUCAAUUGUGAUUUAUCUUGACCCUAAUUGAUCAUUUUAAUUUGACUAGACUACAAAAGAGUUUGACGGUUUAUAUUGUGGUGUGUGUAUGAUGAAACAUAUUUGAUUUGGACAGAUUUCAAGAUGCACAGAUGUGAUACCUCGACUUCGAUAGGUUCAACAACAAGUACUGAAUGAGCUGGACCAAUAAAUCGACUCGAAGUGUUGUCCCGUCACGCCUUACGCCCAAGUGGGGAAUUAAAAAGGCUAAGUAGCCACCCAAAACUGACCGAUGCUAACGAGCUUGGUGAGAAUCCCUUCUACAGUCAAGAGGAAAUAUAAGAAGCGAGGUAAACUAUACGGGACAAGCAACGGACAUCGGACAAGCAGCGGACAUCAUCGAAGUACAUUUAGCUAGAGUAAAUUCUUGAGGCAAGGAGGUACAAAGGUGGUGUAGAAUGAGCAAUGGGUUUCAAGAAAAUUUCGGGGACGAAAUUUUUAUAAGGGUGGAGGAAAUGUUACACCCCCCAUCUUUUUCUAAGCCGAAAUGACGAUUAUGCCCUUGGUCCAAAUUUGUCAAAUUUCACCGUAAUGUCGAGGAGGACUAAAAAUGUGAACUAUCGGUUCAAGCGGCAUCGAAUUUCGACAUCAUAUGAGAAAGUUACGGACAUUAAUCGAGUUUUGGAUUAAACUCACCCGACACCUAAUUAAACGUCGAACCCCAAAAUUACAAAUCAACACAACCGAGAACAGGAAACACUGAAACCCUAAAUCCUUAGAACACCACAGACUCUCAACUUCAUUGCACUGCAGUUGCGAUUCAGCCAUCACAUUUUAUUUCCUUGAAUGAUAACCAGACGAAGAGUGGAAUUCUGAAGAUCCUUUGGCAAUGGGAGCUAGUCGGAGGCUACAGGGAGAGAUCGAUCGGGUACUGAAGAAGGUUCAAGAAGGUGUAGAUGUCUUUGACAACAUCUGGAACAAGGUUUAUGAUACCGACAAUGCAAAUCAGAAAGAGAAGUUUGAGGCAGACUUGAAAAAGGAGAUCAAGAAACUGCAGAGAUACAGAGACCAGAUCAAGACAUGGAUCCAGUCUAGCGAGAUUAAGGAUAAAAAGGUUAGCGCAACUUAUGAACAGGCACUGGUGGAUGCUCGUAAGUUGAUUUAACGUGAAAUGGAAGGAUUUAAGAUAUGCGAAAAGGAAACUAAGACAAAAACAUUCUCAAAAGAAGGGCUUGGUCAACAACCUAAAACUGAUCCAAGGGAGAAGGCUAAAUAAGAGACAAGGGAUUGGCUGAACAAUUCGGUGAGCGAGUUAGAAUCCCAUAUUGAUAGCUUUGAAGCUGAAAUAGAAGGUCUCACCGUGAAGAAAGGAAAGACAAGGCCACCCAGACUGACACAUUUAGAGGCAUAUAUUCAACGGCACAAGGCUCAUAUAAUGAAGCUAGAGUUGAUAUUGAGGCUACUUGAUAACGACGUGGUGGUGGAGCUUUGCUAUGAUUGCCGGUGUGGGGAUUGCUUCUCGGUGGAUUCUUCGGACUUGGAGAGGAUGAGGUUAAGGUUGAGGACGAGCAGCGUAAAGGCGAGGAAUCGUCAGCGCCUAUGGAAUCGUGAUAACGAGGAGAAUUUAAUUGGAGCAAGUAUGGAAAUUUUAGAGCAGAUUCAGAGUUGGUUUCGACGGGUAUAAGGUGAGUGUAAAGGGGGUAAAUUCUACGCCUUACGAUUUUUCAAGUAUUUGCUUUGAGUAUUUUUAAGUAUUGAUUUACGUGAUGUGCGUGCAAUAUUUGAUUCGUGUUUGAUAUUGCAUGAUUAUGUGUAUGAUUGAUUAUUUGUGCUUUGCUUGAGUUAUGGUUUGAGAUGAUUUUGUGCUAUUUGAGGUGAUUUUGUUUGAGCUAUGCUUGAAGUGAAUGUUUAUAAAUUACUUUGAAAUUU